CCUUUCAGAUGGAGACUACAGCGCAGCCAUGAGCGCCAUCUCUGAAGCACUCAAAUCCUACCAGAAGGGAAUAUGCGUCUCUCACGGCUGCCAGUACGCCGCUGAGUCCUUUGACGUUCCAGUGUGAGUUUGUGAAGCUGCGUAUAGACACUCUUCAGGCCCUGUCCCAGCUCAUCUGCACCUGCAACAGUCUGAAGACCAGCCCCCCUCCUGCCAUCGCCACCACCAUCGCUCCGUCCUCAGGCAGCGAGCUGCAGCACUGCGGACGCAUUUCAACACAGAUGAAAUUAGCCAUGGAUGAAUUUCGAAGUCUGGCAGCUCGCUAUGCCGACCUGUAUCAGUCUUCGUUUGAUGCCGACUACGCCACCCUCCGUAAUGUUGAACUACAACAGCAAAGCUGCUUGCUUGUAUCUUAUGUUAUUGAGGCUUUAGUAAUUGAUCCGCAAACGGCCAGUUUCCAGGAGUUUGGCACACACGGAUCAGUGCUGGCAGAGAGCGAGUAUGAACUCAGAAUGCUGGCUGUGUUCAAUCACGUCCUGGAGGAAGUGGAAAACCUAAGCAGGAAGCACCCUCCUGUCUCUUACCUGCACACUGGAUGUCUGUGUGGUGCUGUUAUAGCCAUUUUGAAGGUACCACUGUCAUUCCAGAGAUAUUUCUUCCAGAAGCUUCAAUCCACCAGCAUUAAACUAUGA